AACAACACGCCCCGUCCGAGAUUUGGUUGCGACAAGGUUUGCGAUCCAGCAUCGAUGAAAAAUUCGACCGCCUCAUGCCUGCGAUAAUGACCUGGUGAUGUAGUGUUCGCGUUGUUGCCACGCGUAAACAACAACAACAACCGUUCGACGUCGACGUAGCGGCCAACACGCGUUUCAAUGCGCGCGCGACCGCUCCGUAUACACCGCGUGGUCCGGACGGUCGACCGGACGACGGUGAGCGUGCGGUACACGGUACAAUGCAAUACGCGCCGUACGCGGAACUUGCCGCCUGCCGUUCGGUCGGUCGUGAAAUGUGCGGCGGCGGUGGCCGACAACGUGUUGCAUGUUUACGUGCGUGACCCACGAUAUUGUGUUCGUCAGUCGCUGCCAAACAUUUCACGGUCCCAGUCGUUUCCCGUCCGUCCGCCGGUGCAGCGACGUGCGUCUGUAUUUUCCCGAUUCUCUCCGCUCGUCCGUUUACCGACGUCCGCCCACGCUCGCGCUAUUAUUUAAUUUCCCGGUCAAUCGGUAGCAAACCGACCCCGACGAAGGUGCCGGCGAACGCGUUUCAUACACUCCACCGAAACCGGUACGGGGACAAAGAGUCCGUUGCACACCACCGGUGCAACAAUAGCCUUGCCGUCUCGAUAGGCGCACCAACUCCAACGCAUCGACCCGCGGCAUGGACCGACUGAGAGUGAUGAGCGGCGCCCGUCGCAUGUUCAACGGGCCACUGCGCAAGUGUCCCAAAGCGGCAGGCCACCGUGCCACUGCGCAGUCGUCGCGAUGCGCCACGUUGCGCGUGUACAGCAGCGAUGCCGCCGGGGCCUCCGGGUCCAUAAUCCUCGACUCUCCGUUCGGCACCGUCAAGCCUAUGGACCUCACGUUGCACGACUACAUCUGGAGGAACGUUGAGAAGUGGGAGGACAAGCCGAUGAUCACAUGUGGUAGUAGUGGCAGGUCAUACACAUACGGCGAAGGUCGCAUGAUUUGCAAAUUAUUCGCUAGUACACUUAUAACAAAAUUUGGUUUGAAAAAAGGUGACGUUGUGGGGUUAUUGUUGCCGAAUAUGCCAGAAUACGUUUUUGCAAUUCACGGGGCUCUUGAGGCAGGACUAGUCGUAACAUUUGUUAAUCCACUUUACACUGCUAUGGAGGUAAAGCGGCAGUUCGAAAACGCAGGAGUAAAACUUUGCAUGACAAUAUCUUUAUUACUCCCGGUUAUUCAUGAAGUAUCUCCUAAUUUGAAAGAUUAUGUCGGUACUAUCGUAUUUGGAGGUGAAGAAGUUGCGAAUGCAAAAGCCCGCGUAUAUGAUUUCAAAACCAUAGUUUCGGAACAAAAACCCAAUAAAAUACCUCAGUCAUUUGCACACGAAGUUGCCUUAUUGCCUUACUCAAGUGGUACCACGGGCCUCCCAAAAGGUGUCAUGUUAACCCAUAGUAACUGUGCUAUAAAUUUAGAACAGUGUAAUCACGAACAAAUUAUCAGUUAUUUGCCAACAACUGAUACAUACCAAGAAAGGGUUUUGAGUGUUCUUCCAUUCUUCCAUAUUUACGGUUUCAAUGGGAUAUUAAAUGGAGUUUUAUCACAUGGUCUUCAUAUUAUAACUAUACCAAAAUUCACUCCAGAAUCAUAUAUAGAAUGUGUACUUAAAUAUAAGCCAACUUUUCUGUUUGUGGUGCCUUCAUUAUUAUUGUUCCUAGCCUCUCAUCCGGCUGUAAAAAAAGAACAUUUAAGUUCAAUCAAAGAAAUCACUUGCGGUGCUGCGCCAGCAUCAAAGGCUUUAAUUGACAAUUUUCUAGAAAAAGCUCAAAAAGACAUUAAUAUUAGACAAGGUUAUGGAAUGACUGAGUCUUCUCCAGUGACUUUAUAUACUAGGAAUCCUUUGCCUGCAGAUAAAACAGGUAGUGCAGGACAACUUGUACGAGGUACUCAAGCCAGAGUGGUUAGUUUGACUGAUGGUAAUGACUUAGGUCCAAAUAAAUCUGGAGAGCUAUUAGUCAAAGGACCUCAAAUUAUGGCAGGAUAUCUUAAUAAUGAAAAAGCAACUAAAGAAACUUUAGAUGAAGAUGGUUGGUUACACACAGGUGAUGUUGUAUAUUAUGAUGAUGAUGAGUACUUUUACGUCGUUGAUAGGACAAAAGAAUUAAUAAAAGUUAAAGGAAAUCAAGUAUCUCCAACCGAAUUAGAAAAUUUAAUUAUUCAACUGAAGGAGGUUGCUGAUGUGGCCGUUGUAGGUAUACCAGAUGUGUUGUCCGGAGAAAUACCUAGAGCUUUUAUUGUAAAGAAACCUGGUAUGGACAUCAAUGAAAAAACUAUAAUGAGCCACGUAGAACGCAAUGUCGUGGCAUACAAAAGAUUAGCUGGUGGCGUAAAAUUCUUAGAUGUGAUUCCGCGUAAUCCAUCAGGCAAAGUAUUGAGAAAUGAACUUAAAGUGUUUGGAAAUAAUCCAAGCGAACAAAAACAAUAACUGAUUUUAAUCGAAAAAAUAUGUAACUAAAACGAUACAUACAUAUUUUGUAUAAUUAUUUAUGUAGGUAAAUACUGAUUUAUAUACUUAAUAAAUUAUACUAUCAUAGUGAACAACGAAAUCAUUUCGUUUCAAGAAUUUGCAAGUAUUUGACAAAUUGAAAUAAGAACAAAAUUAUUUAUUCAACCAUAUAAAAUAAAAAGAGUUACUUUUUGAUGAAGUUUAUUUGAUGUAUUCCUAUACUACAAAAUUAGUGAAUUUUAAUUAGUCAACU